GCCCUGCGGUAUAAAUAAAUUAAUCACACACAUGCACAUAUACUUUAAAGCCACCCAUGUACUACAAUGUUGAGAUCAGUGGUUUUCUACAUGCAGUUUAACUUGUGUUUCCUCCUAACAUAUCUGUUUGUUUCCUUCUCUAGGAUCAGCAAGUUUAUGAAAGACAAAGAACAAAGUUCUCUGCUCAUUACACUUCUCCUUGCAUUUCUUCACCGUGGCAAUAUUGCUCAGGAUACAGAGGUUGAUAUUCUGGUGACAGUGCAAAACCUAUUACAACAUUGUCUGGAUCCUACAAGCUUUCUCAAGCCUCUAGCCAAACUCUUUUCCAUUAUUAAUAACAAGUUGUCAAGACAGUUGCUUUGUACAGUUUUCCAGAGUCUUUCUGAUUUUGAGAGUGGACUCAGAUAUAUUACAGACACUGUCAAGCUUAAUGCCUUUGAUCAAAGACACCUCGAUGAUAUCAACUUUGACGUCCGCUUCGCAGCAUUCCAGACCAUCACUUCCCAUAUCAAAGAAAUGCAAACUGUGGAUGCUAACUACCUGAUUCCGGUUAUGCAUAAUUGUUUCUAUAAUAUGGAGUUAGGAGAUAUGUCUUUAAGUGACAAUGCCAGCAUGUGCUUAAUGAGUAUCAUCAAAAAGCUAGCUGUCUUGAACAUCACAGAGAAAGAAUAUAGGGAAAUCAUUCAUCGUUCACUCCUGGAGAAACUGAGGAAAGGGUUGAAGAGCCAGACAGAGAGUGUUCAACAGGAUUAUACCAUGGUACUUUCCUGUUUGAUUCAAACCUUUCCAAAUCAACUGGAAUUUAAAGACUUGGUGCAGCUUACUCAUCAACAUGAUCCAGAAAUGGACUUCUUUGAGAACAUGAAGCAUAUCCAGAUUCACAGACGAGCAAGAGCCUUAAAGAAACUGGCAAAACAGCUCCUGGAAGGCACAGUUGUGCUGUCUUCUAAAUCUCUUCAGAAUUACAUCAUGCCUUAUGCCAUGACUCCAAUUUUCGAUGAGAAAAUGCUCAAGGUAUUUCCCUUUUCUGGCUAAACAGAAACCUGGGCAUCCAGAAUGUGAUAUCCUGACCAAUGUCUUUGCAAUUCUCUCAGCAAAGCAUCUCUCUGAUGCCACAGCCAGUAUUGUGAUGGAUAUAGUGGAUGACCUUCUUACCCUUCCAGAUUUUGAACCCACAGGAACAGUGUCAAGUUUGCCAGUGACUGGAUGCGUAUACACUGACAUAGCACAGAACACAGAGGAGCCUAUCACUAUGGGAGGAAGAUUAAUUCUACCUCAUGUACCUGCAAUUCUUCAGUAUCUCAGCAAAAGCACAAUGAGUACAGAAAAAGUGAAAAAGAAAAAGAACAGGACACAAGUUAGUAAGGAACUUGGCAUUCUUUCAA